CAUAAAAAUCAAUUUCGCGGAAGGAAGCAGCUCACGGGAUUUUCUUUAUCAUCUGAAUUCUUUAUAAUUUAGUAUUAAUAUAGUAUAUACCAUGAAUAAACUUAAAACAUUAAUAAAUAAUUUUGAGUUACAAUCCGGUUUACAUUGUUUAGUGAUUGCAAGUGGCGUUCGUGUAACAAAAUAACUAAUUUGCGUAGAAAGUAUAGUAAUUAUUUUUACUCAUUAACAUCGUUUACAAUGUCCUUAAGACUACUAAUUCUAAGAAACACAAAAAUAUUAGACAAUUAGCACGAUGUGCUUUCUAAUUUGCGGAACGGUGACCUGGGUCGUGUCGAGGACUGACCUAGACCCCGAGUGUAGAAAAGCCAUCAACGGAGGUAGACUUCGAAGAGUUCGUAAAGCUAUAUCUGAACCACCGGCCUGCAUUCGGAGACAGCUAUUGGCGCAUACGGAACGCGUUCCACCAUUUCGCGAUGAACGAACGGGAGAAUUAUGUAAUGGCACGCGAAGACUUUAUCAACAUGCUCUCAAACUAUGGUACCUGAUUUACAUACGCUUCGUUGUGUUAGGACGUGAAAUACGCGAGUGGGCGCGACUUCCAGCUUUGUGGUGUCCACUGUUGCCCCAUGUCGAUCCAUCGAGUCAAACUAUAAAAAAGGAGUCUUCCUCGUGGCCAAAAUCGUAUAGAAAUAAUGUCGUAUCUAGUUUGGUACUGGAAGAACAUUUCAAAAUCGGUUACCGGCGUUUCCGUAUAGGUGAAUGUUUCUCGCAAUCUUUAUCGUGGUACCUGCUGUCCAUACUGUCGGGGCACAGCUUUGAGGACAGAGCCGCUAUGACGGAAGGUGAUUUUUCGUUUUUGCCCGAGGAAAUAACAUUCAGUGACUUGACCACAACUAUAAUAGGUAUUCAAGACAUGGACAAUCUGUCAGAGCAGUGCUCGUUCAAGGACUCCUGUGGUUCGCAGCAGACUGGCUCUACUAUGGAUUCUGAUGAUAAAUAAUAAUACUAUUUUGCACCAUAUAUAUUUAAAUUUGUAUUCUCAUUUAUUAAAACACAUUAAAUAAAAUGACAAAUUUUUAAUGGAAAUGUUAAACAAACUAAAA